AUGCUGGCGUCCAAACCCUAUUCCGGUUCGCUGGGUAUGCAGGCAUCCCAGACACCGAAACCAUCAUACAGCGUUGGAUCGUCGCAGAAGUCCGCGGGGCUGAGACCGCAGGAGGGAGCGAUGUUUACCAGUCCUACAGACUCGGACUUCUUGGAUGGCCAGGGUGGACUUGAAUCUGUCCGUUCUUGGGACGAGAAGCAAGUUAUUGCUUGGCUUCACAGCAUCAACUGCGGCCAAUAUGAAUCUUUGUUCAAAGCAAAUAACUUCAACGGCGACAACCUCAUCGAAUGUGACCAGAAGAUUCUCCAAGAGAUGGGAAUCAAGAAAAUCGGCGAUCGUGUACGUAUCUUUGUUGCCAUCAAGCAACUUAGGAAUAGAUCUGUCGCUAAUCGUAAACAAAAGAACAUGAUUCAAUUGGCCGCACUUGAAGCUUCAACUCUUGGAUCCUCCCCAUCAUUUUCCAGCUCCCGUCAACCCGGAAAGCCAUCUUCACGCCCUGUAUCGCCGCUGCGAGCUCAGCGGUAUGGCAGCCCAGCAGAGUCUGGGCGAAGAGACUAUUUCGGUUACCAAGUCUCCAGUGGCUCGAACUCUGCGCGGAACCCUGGAACACCAGGUGAACAGACUCCUGGCGUUAAGGGAAGCUCGCAUCUCAGGCGAAACCCCAGCAUGGAUGGCUUGACGAUGGGUCCUUUGCCCAGAUCGCCAGUUAUUAGAGUUAUCUACACUGGUGGGCAGACGAAGGUCCUGGACAUCAAACACUGCAAAACUCCAGAUGAAGUCAUCCUCUGUGUUCUGAAGAAGCUGCAGCUUCCUGAACAUCAAUAUCGCAACUAUUGCUUCUAUGUAUUGGAUGGCCUGGACCCGGAACCGGCCAAUUGCAGACGGCUUUCAGAUUCUGAGCUAAUAGAAGUUUGCGAGGCAUACAACCGCUCGGAGCGUGGUCGCUUAAUCCUACGUAUGACCCACGCCGGCAAACCUGACCUCGAUGAGCUUCGCCGUGCUUCUCAGCUUGCGAUGGACGAAAGCCAGAUAACGCAUAGCAAUGCUCUACACAACUCAAAUACGCGGAACCAGAUGAAGAUCAAACAGAUAACUGGGGAAGACUUACAGAGGAUCAUGAGACCCAUGUCUCCCUCCAGCAAGAAUUCGCGGCUCUCGAACUCAGAUCGCAAUCCGGCAUCCAAGCUGCAGUCCUUCUUUGGUGCUAGACCUCCAAGCGAAAUGAUCAUUCACGAGAUCCAAUCGUAUUUCCCAAGCCACCAUCAGAAGAAUAUCGAGAAGACCAUGCGCAUGUCGGUGCGGAGAUCACAGCGUCUUAGUCGGGCUGCAAGCCGUCUAAGUGUUGUCAGCAAUGCAAGCUACGCAUCUAGUCUGCGCGAGGCCAGCUUGCGCGAUGCUCCACCAAUCCCUAGCAUCGCCGAUACCUGGCUCACUGGCGCAGGGCAGCCCAAUUCUCAGAACAAUGCGCAGAAGACCAACAAUCAUCUCUCGAGGCCGCUUUCGGUAUCAUCACGAUUUAAUCUUCCCCAGACGUCAUACAGAGACUCCAUUGCAUCUAGCUCUCUUCAACCUCUCCAGGAGGAGUCGCCUGUCGAGCCGAAUCGCAAAUCGUAUGUCUCGUUCGAUAGUGCUUCUGAAGAUGCCGCUACUUCCCGCCAGAGUCUCAUUGAUGACGAGAACGCCAGUGUUGCCGCCACCGAUGGCGGCUCACUCAGUGAACGGUUGAGCGUUAUUGUUGCGGAAGAUGAAGAAGAAGAGGACGAUGAACUUAAAGAUUUCUUGGCCGGAAACAAUUUCGCACCAAAGAAUUGGAUGAAGGGUUCACUCAUUGGUGAAGGAUCGUUUGGAAGCGUUUUCCUGGCCCUUCACGCAAUCACCGGAGAGCUCAUGGCCGUUAAGCAAGUCGAGAUACCGUCGGCAACUCAGGGCACCGAGUUCGAUAAACGGAAGAACAACAUGGUUACCGCGCUCAAGCAUGAGAUUGAUCUCUUGCAAGGCCUUCAUCAUUCCAACAUUGUGCAGUAUCUAGGAACUAUCGCCGACGAGCAAUAUUUGAACAUUUUCCUGGAAUACGUUCCUGGAGGUUCUAUUGCUUCGAUGCUCAAGCAAUACAACACCUUCCAAGAGCCAUUGAUCAAGCACUUUGUCCGACAGAUCCUGACCGGUCUUCAAUAUCUUCACGACCGUGACAUCAUCCACCGUGAUAUCAAAGGCGCCAACAUCCUAGUCGACAACAAGGGUGGCGUGAAGAUUUCCGACUUCGGUAUCUCCAAGCGCGUCGAAGCGUCCACUGUUCUCGGCUCUCGAGCCAGCGGAAGUAGCCAUCUACAUCGGCCCUCUCUACAGGGUAGCGUCUAUUGGAUGGCACCGGAAGUUGUAAAACAAACAACCCAUACCAAGAAGGCUGACAUUUGGAGUUUGGGCUGUCUCGUCGUUGAGAUGUUUAUCGGAGCUCAUCCUUUCCCGGACUGCAGCCAGCUCCAGGCUAUAUUCGCCAUCGGGCACAACAAAGCACGCCCCCCUGCCCCGGAACAUGCAAGCAAAGAAGCCGCCGCGUUUUUGGAUAUGACCUUCCAGGCUGACCACCAUAAGAGACCUGAUGCGGAUGAGCUGCUGAAGUCGCAGUUCUUGUCUUCGCCACUUGCAUGA